GGUUUUAUGUCUUCAACUAAAAACGUGGUUCCACUUCCCCGCAUCUGCGCUUGGCCACCCUGGUUCGUCGUGGUUUGCUGUCAAAUUGUAUGAACCGUCUGAACUUUUAACGGAAAGAAUUUAUAUCAUAUGAAAACCAACAUGAACAUCACGUCCGCAGCUGGUAUCAUCUCUCUCCUCGAGGAGCCAAUGCCUGAAUUAAAGGUAUUCGCUCUGAAAAAGUUGGAUAUGAUCGUGGACGAAUUUUGGCCUGAAAUUUCAGAAGCCAUAGAAAAAAUUGAAAUUCUUCACGAAGAUAAGGCAUUUCCCCAACAUGAUUUAGCCGCAUUAGUUGCUAGUAAAGUUUAUUAUCAUUUAGGAAGUUUUGAAGAUUCUCUUACAUAUGCCCUUGGAGCUGCAGAUCUCUUUGAUGUGAAUGCUCGUAACGAAUAUGUUGAUACUACUAUAGCUAAAUGUAUCGACUUUUAUACUCAACAACGUGUUCUGGAAGCUGAAGGAAAGUUACCACCAGGUAGCAAAGGAAUCGAUCCUAGAUUGGAAGGAAUUGUUAAUAGAAUGUUUCAACGCUGUUUAGAUGAUAAUCAGUAUAGACAAGCUUUAGGUCUUGCUCUUGAAACUAGAAGAAUGGAUAUCUUCGAAGCUGCGAUUAUGCAGUCGGAUGACGUGAGCGGCAUGUUGUCCUAUGCUUUUCAAGUCGUCAUGAGUCUCAUUCAGAAUCGUGGCUUCCGCAACACUGUACUUCGCUGCUUAGUGAGCCUUUACCGCAAUUUGGGCACACCAGACUAUGUCAACAUGUGUCAGUGUCUGAUAUUUCUUGAUGAUCCGUUAGCUGUCGCUGAACUCUUAGACAGAUUAAGCAAAGGCUCGCAAGAUUGUGUUCUAAUGGCCUAUCAAAUCGCGUUCGAUUUGUACGAAUCAGCGACACAGCAGUUCCUCGGCCGCGUCUUACAAGCACUUAGAGCAAUGGCUCCCAUUCCAGGAGCUCUUAUCGUUAAACCAAUCGUUAAACCAGCCGUGAAAGCGUCUACCGAUGCUACAAGUUCGGAUUCCACGAGUAUGGAAACCGAAACUAGUACACCCGCUCCGGAAGAAAAGACUGAACGUAGCGUUGAAAGUUUGAAUGCCGAAGAGCGCGAACAACAAGAACGAGUAGACGCGCUGUCGAGCAUUUUAGGCGGAGAAAUUUCCAUUGACUUGCAUCUGCAAUUUUUAAUCCGUAGUAACCAUACCGACAUGUUAAUAUUAAAGAAUACCAAGGACGCUAUACGAGUGUCUAUUUGUCAUACUGCCACCGUAAUUGCAAAUGCGUAUAUGCAUUCUGGAACAACCAGCGAUCAAUUUUUAAGGGAUAAUUUAGAAUGGCUGGCUCGUGCUACAAAUUGGGCUAAGCUAACAGCGACAGCGUCUUUAGGCGUAAUUCACAGAGGUCACGAACAGGAGGCUCUAGCAUUAAUGCAAUCCUAUCUCCCGCGGGAUGCAGGCGCUGGUGCUGGUUACUCCGAGGGAGGUGGUUUGUACGCGUUAGGACUCAUUCACGCUAAUCACGGCGCGGUCAUCACGGAUUAUUUACUCGGACAGCUAAAGGACGCACAGAAUGAGAUGGUUCGCCACGGAGGUUGCUUAGGGUUAGGUCUGGCUGCUAUGGGGUCGCAUAGACAGGAUGUUUACGAGCAACUCAAGUUCAAUCUGUAUCAAGAUGACGCUGUUACUGGCGAGGCAGCGGGCAUCGCCAUGGGCAUGGUUAUGCUGGGAUCUAAAUCAACCCAGGCGAUCGAAGAUAUGGUUGCUUAUGCCCAAGAAACACAGCACGAGAAGAUACUGCGAGGAUUAGCCGUAGGCAUCGCGUUCACUAUGUACGGCCGUCUCGAGGAAGCAGAUCCUCUGGUGACUUCCCUCUGCGCCGACAAGGAUCCGAUUCUUCGCAGGAGCGGCAUGUACACGCUGGCGAUGGCCUAUUGCGGCACCGGAAACAAUCAGGCCAUCAGAAAGCUGCUCCACGUUGCUGUCUCUGACGUGAACGACGACGUUAGGCGGGCUGCGGUCACCGGGUUGGGAUUCCUCUUGUUCAGAACUCCGGAGCAAUGUCCCAGCGUGGUGUCGCUCCUGGCGGAGAGCUACAACCCCCACGUGAGAUACGGCGCGGCGAUGGCCUUGGGGAUCGCGUGUGCUGGCACAGGCCUGAAGGAAGCCAUAACCCUGCUGGACCCCAUGACGAACGACCCCGUGAACUUCGUGCGCCAGGGCGCCCUGAUCGCCUCGGCCAUGAUCCUGAUUCAGCAGACGGAGGCCACCUGUCCCCGCGUCAAGGACUUCAGAGCCCUGUACGCCAAGGUCGUCGUGGACAAGCACGAGGACGUUAUGGCGAAGUUCGGCGCGAUUCUCGCGCAGGGCAUCAUCGACGCCGGCGGGCGUAACGUGACGGUGUCUCUCCAGUCGAGGACAGGCCACACGAACAUGCUGGCGGUGGUCGGCGCGCUGGUGUUCACCCAAUAUUGGUACUGGUUCCCUCUGGCUCAUUGUUUGGCGCUCGCCUUCACCCCGACCUGCCUAAUUGCUCUCAACUCGCAACUGAAAAUGCCCAAGCUGGAGAUCCGCUCCAACGCUCGGCCAAGCGUCUACGCUUAUCCAGCGCCGUUGGAGGAGAAGAAACGCGAGGAGAGGGAAAAGGUCACCACCGCUGUCCUCAGCAUCGCCGCCAGGGCUAGGAGACGCGAGUCCGAGAGACGUGCUCGCGACUCCCACGAGAAGAUGGACGUGGACCCACCAGAGACAAAGACGACUGUCGAGGUGAAGGAGGCGUUGCCCAGCGAGAAAGAGGAGAAGAAGAAGGAGAAGGAGGAGAAAGACGAGAAAACGGAGAAGACUGAGAAGCCAGAAAAAACGGAGAAGGCUAAAGAGUCGAAGGAGUCGACGAAGGAGACAAAGGAGAAAGUGGAGAAGGGCGAAAAGAAGGGCAAGGAUGAACCUGAGAAAGGGGAGAAGGAAAAGAAGGAACCCGAGCCGAACUUCGAGAACCUUCAGAAUCCUGCUCGCGUGUUGCGACAGCAGCUGAAGGUGAUCCAGCUGGUGGAGGGGAGCCAGUACGUUCCUGUCAAGGAUCUUCAAAUUGGCGGUAUCGUGAUGGUGAAGCACAUACAAGCUGACACGGAGGAGGAACUCGUGGAGCCUGUGGCUGCUUUCGGCCCGAAACCCGACGAGGAGAAGGAAGCUGAUCCUCCGGAGCCGUUCGAGUUCACCGAGACGUUCACCGAGGAGUAAAGCUCCGUCGCUGAAAAUCUCUCUCCUCCAACGCCUUCAUCGUCGGAACGCGAAAAAAGGUCACUCGUGCAUAUGUAUACGCGCGCAUAAUUCUCUGUCUGUAGGAGCGAAAAAGAUUUAAAAAAAAAAAAAAAAAAAAAAACUGUCGCCACCCCCAGAACCCAUUCUGUCGAUACGAGUACGCCGUUCUGCUGCAACACUUUCUUUUUUUAUUUUCAUACCAUUAAGCCCCUGCUCGACAUCGUCCGCCAUCGAACUGAUGCUACGUUUCUUCGAGUGAUUAAUAAAUAUAAUUUGCUCCGAUCGUCAA